UGGAUACGCUAAAAGUUGGAAAGUCCUUUUGCGACCUCCCACAUCGCAGUUUCGGGCAGCUUUUUUUCCUACCUAGAAUCUUUUUUUUCCUCUGGGACAAAACCACGAUAUUUUAAACUAAACAUCCACUUGAUUUUUUCUUGUUUACUUUUAGACCGAAUUCGACAAAAUCAUUUCGUAUCGUAUCGUAUUCGAUUGACGAAGAUUCACUCGUAAUUCUAAUCCGGUACAAGGUAAACGGCUCGCGACGUUUCCUGACCUCCCCGCAAUCGAAUAUCAUCAUUUUUAUUUGUUUAUACUCAGUCUUGUUUUACACAUCCCGGCAAGAUGAGCGUAGUCGGUGUCGAUUUUGGAACUCUUAACACUGUUAUCGCAGUCGCCAGAAAUCGAGGUGUCGAUGUCAUCACCAACGAGGUUUCAAACCGAGCUACUCCUUCAUUAGUUGGAUUUGGCCCUAAAUCUCGAUACAUUGGCGAACCGGCAAAGACCCAAGAGAUUUCCAACCUCAAGAACACCGUCAGCUCUCUAAAGCGCUUGUGCGGCCGAAGCAUCAGUGAUCCCGACGUUCAGAUCGAGCAGCAAUAUGUUUCAGCUCCCCUCGUCGACGUGAACGGCCAAGUUGGCGCCGAAGUAACGUACCUCGGCAAGAAGGAGAAGUUCUCAGCUACUCAGCUGACAGCUAUGUUCUUAAGCAAGAUCAAGCAGACAGCACAGAAUGAACUAAAGUUACCCGUUUCUGACCUCGUCAUCAGUGUGCCUGCCUGGUUCACGGACGCCCAGCGAAGGAGCCUCCUCGACGCGGCCGAAAUUGCUAGCCUUAAGGUACUUCGUGUAAUGAACGACACUACUGCUGCUGCCCUCGGCUACGGUAUCACAAAGCUAGACUUACCUUCAGGCGACGAGAAGCCUCGCCGCGUGGCGUUCGUCGAUGUCGGUCACGCCGACUAUUCUUGCUCUAUUGUCGAGUUCAAAAAGGGCGAACUGAGCGUCAAGUCUACAGCCUACGACCGUCACUUUGGAGGACGAGACUUCAACUUAGCAUUGGUCAACCAUUUCCAGAAGGAGUUCAAGGGAAAAUACAAGAUUGAUAUCGCGACCAACCCCAAGGCUAUGGUCCGCGUCGAGGCUGCUUGCGAAAAGUUAAAGAAGAUCUUGUCUGCCAACCAACAGGCACCUAUCAACAUUGAGUCGCUAAUGAAUGACGUCGAUGUAACCUCCAUGAUCACACGACAAGAGUUCGAAGCAUUGGUAGAGCCGCUAUUAAACAGGGCCACAGUACCAUUAGAGCAGGCCCUUGCUGAAGCUAAGCUUACCAAGGAGGAUAUCGAUGUUAUCGAGCUAGUUGGCGGUUGCACGCGUGUCCCCGCUAUCAAAGAGCGAAUCCAGGCCUUCUUCGGAAAGCAGCUCUCGUUCACUCUCAACCAGGACGAAGCCGUCGCUCGAGGCUGCGCCUUCAGCUGCGCUAUUCUCUCGCCGGUCUUCAAGGUCCGUGAUUUCUCCGUUCUGGAUAUCGUAAACUAUCCCAUCGAGUUUUCUUGGGAGAAGGACGUUGAUAUUCCUGACGAGGACACGAGCCUUACCGUCUUCAACAGGGGCAACGUUCUUCCUUCUACGAAGAUCUUGACCUUCUACCGAAAGCAGCCAUUCGACCUGGAGGCUCGAUACGCCAACCCUGAACUUUUACCCGGAAAGAUGUCUCCUUUCAUUGGCCGAUUCUCCGUGAAGGGUGUCAAGGCGGAUCCUAAGACCGAAUUCAUGAUUUGCAAGCUCAAGGCCAGAGUCAACAUCCAUGGUGUUCUUAACGUGGAAAAUGGAUACUAUGUUGAGGAACAAGAGGUUGAAGAAGAGGUCAAGGAUGAGAAGGACGAAGGAGACAAGAAAGACCCUGACGCUAUGGAAACCGACGACAAGAAGGGAGACGAAAAGCCCAAGAUCCGAAAGGUUAAGAAGCAGGUUCGCAAGGGUGAUCUGCCCAUUGUGGCUGGUACUACGUCGCUGGAUGAGAGCACCAAGAACUCUCUAGCAGAGAAGGAGGCCGCGAUGGCGAUGGAGGACAAGCUUGUUGCCGACACAGAAGAGAAGAAGAACGAGCUUGAGACGUACAUCUACGACCUGCGGAACAAGCUGGAUGAUCAGUACGCCGACUUUGCCAGCGAAGAGGAGAAGGACAAGUUGAGAGCCAAGCUGACGGAGACUGAGGACUGGUUAUACGAAGAGGGUGAGGAUGCCACCAAGGCAGUUUACAUCGCCAAGAUGGAUGAGAUCCGAGCCAUGGCUGGUCCUAUCAUACAACGCUAUUUCGAUAAGGUAGAAGCAGACCGUCAAGCCCUGCAGGCCAAGCUUGAUGCUGAAGCUGCUGCCAAGAAGGCCGCCGAGGAGGAGGCUCGAAAAGCAGCUGAGGCAGAGAAGGGCGAGGCUCCGAAGGAUGAGGAAAUGACUGAUGCCGAGGCGCCUAAGGCCGAGACUGAAGAGGCCUAGUCGUAGAGUCGACACAAGAAACUUUCCUCUAGGCGAAGGCGCAAUAAACGAAGCCGACGUCUUAAUGAGCGGAUGACGUGGAAAUGACGAGGACCAAAAAGAAAAGAUUUUUAAUGACUGCAUGGUAAGGGCGGUUUGACGGAUACUGGACUUGGGCAUCGUUCAGGG